GUGUUUGGUGUUGAUGAAGUGAAGUCAGUGUCAGUGAUGGAGGGAGAUUCUGUUACUCUACACACUGAUAAUCCUCAAAUACAGAGAAAUGAUCAGAUAUUGUGGAUGUUUGGACCUAAAGAGACUCGCAUCGCUGAAAUAUAUAAGCAAGGCAUUGAUAUGUUUGAUAGUAACAAGACAUUUGGACACAUGAGACUAUUACUGAACAGUCAAACUGGAUCUCUCACCAUCAGAAAUAUCAGAACUGAACACACUGGACUUUAUAAACUACAGAUUCGAAGUGACCGAGGAAAUUCAGACAAGAGAUUCAGUGUCAAUGUUUAUGCUCCUUUGCCCGUUCCUGUCAUCAUCAGAGACUCAUCACAAUGUUCUUCAUCAUCAUCAUCAUCAAGUUUAAAUUGUUCCUUGCUAUGUUCAGUGUCAAAUGUAACAGACGUGAGUCUGUCCUGGUACAAAGGAAACAGUUUAUUGUCCAGCAUCAGUGUGUCUGAUCUCAACAUCAGACUCUCUCUACCUCUGGAGGUGGAAUAUCAGGACAACAACACAUACAGAUGUGUACUCAACAAUACCAUCACAAACCAAACUCAACAUCUCAACAUCACUGAACUCUGUCAGAUGUGUUCAGACUCUGUGGCGUUUUACAGUCAUCUGAAGAGAGUGAUUCCCUCAUUGGUUUAUGCUCUGGUGGGCGUGGCUGCUGUCGCUCUAUUGGUUUAUUAUGUCAGAUCCAAACAGAAGGCGAAAUUACAAACACAAAUAUAUAUGAACUUGAAGUUGAAAAAUGUAAAAAAAUGAUAUAGGCCUGCUUUCCAGUACAGAAGCUGAAGAAGGCUUUGAGCAAACACUCCCUUUCCUGAAGUUCUUGGUUUAACAUAAACUUGAAUUCUGUAUUCUGUCUAUAUUUAGU